AAGUCACAGUUUAAGAUGUUAAAAUUAGUGCAAUAUGUGGCAAAAAACCCGUGCAACGCCAUAUCUGUGCCCGUAUGCUGCUGGCGCAACUUAUUGAUUUCACCAUAUGCAUCUAGCGUGGAGAAAUGUAUAACGCAACGUCGCCAUUUUCUUUUUUCUUCGGCCAAUAGAACGACCAGCAUCGGCAGUAGUUUUGCUUUUCUGUGCAAUCAAUCAUCACUUGCACAUCAGGUCCCAGGAAGUCGCCAGCGUCAACUAUUGACCAACACUGACCAGGAGUUAACACUACUAGGCACAUUUUUCUCCCAGUCCCAGCGUGCGUUUCGUUUGACACACAAACUCGAAACGUCCAGAGCAGUCGACGAGGCAACAUCAGAGGCGCUUCCGACUAGUGAAAGGCAAACACUGUCCAAUAGACGUGCGAGGAAAUCGCUUUUUACUGAUCCCGAGGAACAAGCAGAGGAAAUCAAAAUUGAUAGAAUAAUGGCACCCCACGAUCGCGACUACGGCUCAAAUACCCGUGGCGGCCGCGAUCGCGAAGACGAUCGUCGCGGCGGUGGAGCCGGUGGUGGCGGAGCUUCGCGAUUUGGUGGAGGCGGCGGUGGUGACUACCACGGCGUACGCAAUGGUCGCAUCGAGAAACGCCGCGAUGAUCAUCGCGGUGGACGUGGUGGAUUUGGAGGCGGAGGUGGUGGAGGCGGAUUUGGAGGUGAUCGAAGAAAUGGCGGCGGAGGUCAGGAUUUGACAUUGCGCCCUGUGGAUUUCUCCAAUCUGACACCGUUCAAAAAGAACUUCUAUCAGGAGCAUCCCACGGUAGCCGAGCGUUCGCCCUAUGAGGUGAGCCGUUAUCGCGACGAGCACGAGAUCACAGUGCGUGGUCAUGCACAGAAUCCUAUUCAGGACUUCUCUGAGGCUUAUUUCCCCGAAUACGUUGUUAAGGAGAUUCGUCGCCAAGGAUAUAAAGCGCCCACUCCUAUUCAGGCGCAAGGCUGGCCCAUUGCCAUGAGCGGUGCAAACUUUGUGGGCAUUGCCAAGACCGGAUCCGGCAAAACACUGGGCUACAUAUUGCCCGCUAUUGUACACAUCAACAAUCAGCAGCCGCUGCAGCGUGGCGAUGGACCCAUAGCUUUGGUGCUGGCGCCCACACGUGAGCUCGCACAGCAGAUUCAGCAGGUGGCCACCGAGUUCGGAUCGUCGUCAUAUGUGCGCAACACGUGCGUCUUUGGCGGCGCACCAAAGGGCGGUCAAAUGCGUGAUUUACAGCGUGGCUGUGAGAUUGUCAUUGCAACACCCGGUCGUCUUAUUGAUUUCCUUUCUGCCGGCUCCACGAACUUGAAACGCUGCACCUACUUGGUGCUGGAUGAGGCCGAUCGCAUGUUGGAUAUGGGCUUUGAGCCACAGAUUCGCAAGAUUGUCUCACAAAUUCGUCCUGAUCGCCAAACUCUUAUGUGGAGUGCUACCUGGCCCAAGGAGGUCAAGCAGCUGGCUGAGGAUUUCCUUGGCAAUUAUAUACAGAUCAACAUUGGAUCGCUAGAGCUGUCGGCCAAUCACAACAUUCGUCAAGUGGUCGAGGUGUGCGAGGAGUUCAGCAAAGAGGAGAAAUUAAAGACCCUGCUCUCCGAUAUUUAUGACACUAGCGAGAAUCCCGGCAAGAUCAUAAUUUUCGUUGAAACCAAGCGUCGCGUAGAUAACCUUGUACGCUUCAUUCGCAGUUUUGGAGUUCGCUGUGGCGCUAUUCACGGCGACAAGUCGCAAUCAGAACGCGACUUCGUCCUGCGCGAAUUCCGUUCCGGCAAAUCCAACAUUCUGGUGGCCACCGAUGUGGCGGCGCGUGGUUUGGAGGCCGUUUAUUGUAGUAUGAUGGGGAGGAUAAAUGACAAACAUCAAAUAACUUGAAAGUGUAAAGUAAUGAAUGUUGAAAUGAAUGCAUAUGCAAUUGCAUAAAUGAGAAAGUUCGCAUACGAAUCGAAUUAUCGAGACCGCGUUCGCUUGGCUGGAACGGUGCACACAAAGAGCGUCGCACACUUUUUGCCACAUUGCCAUUGGGAAAAAGUGACGCCGCCAAUCGGAGCGCCCACAGCUGCACAGGGUGCAGAGCCCCAGGGGCCAUUCAUGCAAUCGUCUUGUUGAGAUGGCCUGGGCAACGGAACCCUGAGCAAGUGCAACACGACGCGCGAUCUACCAAAUGAUACCAAAUAUAUAUUUAUAUAUUUAAAAAAAAAAUGAAAGUCAAACCACUCUGCUAUCCCCAACAUCAUGCAUCAUACGUGGCCUCUGAAGUUCCAAUUUUGAGAAAGUUGAUUUGUGUUUACUGCUCGCUACUACAAACGAUAUAACUGCCCUCAAUCAAGAAUUGCACCUACUGUCACACGGCGGCACACUGAAAUCUGACAACACUUAGCAGUUGAGCGGAAAAGGCGGCGCUACCAAAGAGGCAGGCGGCACAUUUCUUCUCGAGUUUGCAGAGGCUGCUGCCGUCGUCGUCGUCGGCCGGCCGGCUUGCCGGGUUGCUAAGCACGCACAACAAAAUCAAUACAGCAAGGACAAUAAAUGCGCAUCAACCGAUGCUGUCGGGAUGUCGCAGCGUAUUGACAUCAUCCGUUCACCCAUCCAAACAGACACAAAGACAUACAUAGACGCACAGGUAAACUGCACGCCCACUUUCUUUGCUUGCCAGAGAACGGAUCUUUUGGAUGUGUGGUGGAGAGAUGAUGGGUGAAUAUCACUAGUUGCGGAGAAGAUUCUGCGGCCUACGAAUCUAUAUACACACAUAUGUAGAUCAACCUGCUGAUGCUGCUGCGUGCCUAGCUACCAAUUGAGCCGUCUGACCGACAACCGCCCGCCAGCCACGCCCGCUUGCCGCCAAUCGAAGCAACUGCUAGACGAGAAACCGUGUGCACAGAUAUAAUGUGAAAACAAUAACACAAGCGCGCCUAUAUUCUUGAAGGCGGGCUCUGUGUUGCCUGUGAACACCACCCAUGUUUGUAGAGCACCACACUGUGUGCAACACACAGCAGGCAGGCACCGAAAGGGGCGCGCGCCCGCGGCUCCAAGUGAUUACAAAACUCUCGACUCGCU